CAAAGCGUUACCGGAGUCAGAGUGAAAAAAUGUGGAUACCAGUCUGAUUGUUGCUACGCAUGACAGGAUAUGACGUUAACAGUCAAAAGUACCCGUAUAUUGAUCUCCAUUGCUGUGGUCGGGCGCCUUAUAUAAGACGUCCCAGACCUUUAUAUGAGAUUUAAAGAUGCAAAACAUAGAGCAAAAACUAGAAUCAACUCUCGGCAAAAGAGCAGACUUAGAUAGUCGACUCAAGUCAGCAUGUUCCAAUGUUCUGACUCAGAAGAUAGAUUUCCAGGAAUCUUCUAGGCCACAUUCAUCUGUUAGUGAUAUGCUGAAGGGCAAAUAUGUCAACCUGGCUCCUGCUACUACAGUUUCAACCCAGAAAAGUCCAACAAGUUCAAAUUCUUGUGAAAAUGAUGGUGAAGGCUUGCCAAAACCAAAGCAAGUCCUUUUCAAAGAGCCAUUGGACUUUAGCUGGAGAUAUCAAAGGAGCGGCAUGGACAAAAAUGGGAAAACAGCUCCUGAAUGCUACUUGCAUUUGGCUUCUGCAGGUCGAUUGAGUAACGAAAAGUGUAUAUUGUGUAAUCUGCAGCGACUUACCAAGUUGUCCCUAAAUGCAGGAGAAAGUCUUUCACCAAAGUGGUUCACUAACAACCUUCAAUAUAUUGGUCGCCAUUUCCGAAGUGGGCGGCAGGAGGAUGCUCAUGAGUUUUUACGUCUCAGUCUUGAAAAGAUGCAAAAGUGUGCUCUCUUUGGCUACAACAAUCUGGACAAGUACAGCAAAGAGACUACAGUCAUUAACCAGAUAUUUGGUGGAUACCUUCGCUCUCAAGUUUUGUGUUGCCGCUGUGGUCAUAGAUCCAAUACAUACGAUCCACUCUUAGACAUCUCUCUAGAUAUCAAGUCAGCAGACAACAUUGAGAGAGCAUUUCACCAGUAUGUAGCUGCCGAGAAACUUGAAAAUGAGAACGCUUACAAAUGUGAAAGAUGUAAGCAGAAGGUGACAGCAUUUAAGCGUUUUUCCAUCCACACAGCACCAAAUGUUCUCACAAUACAGCUUAAGAGGUUCCAGUAUGGUGUAUCUGGUGGUUUCUAUGGCAACAAGAUCCAUAAGCCUGUGCGCUAUCCACUGGUUCUUAAUAUUCGUCCUUUCAUGUCUGUAAAAAAUGGACCACCAAUCAACUACACUUUGUUUGGUUCCAUACAACAUGAAGGCAUGUCUUGCAGCUCUGGACAUUAUGUUGCAAAUGUUAGAUGUGGAAAGAAUUGGUACCAUUUCAAUGAUUCAAGCAGAUAUGUAAGGAAUGGUCAGCACUGUCUAAACGAGAAUUCUGCCUACAUUUUGUUCUACAUCAAAGAAACCGGAGGUACACCGCAAAUUUGUCCUGCUGUUAAAGUUCAAAAGACAGUUACCAGCGUUAAGGAUAACUAUGAGAGGAAGGACAAAACUCAGACAAAUGGAUUUGGUCAUUCAUCAACCAUUGUAAAGACCCCAUCAUCACAUAACCAACAAGUAAAAUCAGGACUUCAGCCAAAGAUUGCCACUCCUACAAAUGAAGCCAGGAAUCAAAAGAUGAAUGGACAACAGAGCCAUAGAAUGAAUUCUGUGCCAAGCAAUGAGAUUGGCAAGACCAUCAAGUCACCAUUUGUGCCUCUUUCUGCUCAGCGUGAAAAAGUUAAGUUCAAUAUUGGUGGUGAUAAGAAGAUGGGAGAACAUAAGACCCCUGAAAGGCCAAAAAUGAAUGGACAGAAACAGGGAUCUCCUUUGAAGACCACCACACCAAUCAAGUCUGAGGUGCCUUCUUCUGGAAGAUUGGUGAUGAAAAUACUUGUAAAUGAUGGGAAAUCUUAUACAUGGGAGACAUCUCCAGAUGGUGAAAAGAGAAUCAUCUCUGACGAUGAUGAAGUUGUUGCUAAGAUGAGCAAGGGACAACGUAAAAGAUUGAGGAAGAAACGGAGUAUAGUGCCAUAUGGAAACGAUUCAGAUAGUGAUUGGAGUUCCAGCAAUUCAUCUCAAGACCAAAGUGCCAGCAGCUCUAAGAAGAGCCGUAAAGAUUAUAACCAGGAACAAAAGGGGUUGGUGUUUGAUGGAGCCUUAAAUACAACCACCUCUGUACCUGGAAAUGCUCAUUUAUACAGCACUGUCACCAUGAAAGAUAAGGUUAGUCACUCUACUCCUCAUGUAGAAAGGUCAAAGGACAUUAAGAUGUUUUCACCAAAGAGUAGCCAUCAGUCUCCAUCAUUAAAGAGACAGUUUAAUGAAACCUUAGUGUGUGAUAUUUCAUCAACAUCUGCAAAGCACUCUGGCAAUGGUGAGUGGCGCACUAGUAUGGAAUCAAUGCAGUCUCCUUCAAUAGGUUCAAACCACAGUCACAGCUCUGUACAUAGCAAUGGCUCUACAAGUGAUUGGUCAAUACAGAAUAAGGACAAAACAACCAAUGGCCAUUCUGAAAGGAAACCUGAAGGCUGGACUAUCACACCAGGAAAGAAAGAUAAGGGUUUCAAGAAUGAAUCAGAAGAAAACGUUCGAAAUAGCAGUGCUUCAAGAGUUGAUACCAAUUGUGCCUCCAGUCCAUUUGAAGAUGUUAGUGAUAAAGUAUGCUUGAUAAGACAAGAAAAAUCUAGUGAUGAAAAUACAGAAGAAUACAGGAAGUCAAAGAAGCAUAAAAAGCACAAGAAAAGAAAACACCAUGAAAGAGAGCACAACUAUGCAGAGGUUACUGAAGAGUCUUCCAGCAGGUCACAUAAAAAGAAGAAAAAGAAGAAGCACAAGCAUAAAGAUCGUGAUGAGCACAGAGAGGAAAGAAAACAUAAAAAGAAUGAGAGAGAGAACAGCAACAUUGAUACUGAGAGAGAAGAGAAACCAUGCAAGAAAGUUGACAGUGAGCUAGAUGAGGGACACAAGCAAAAAUACAGGGAAGACGAGAGAAAUGAAAAGCACCACAGGCACAAACAUGGCUGUGAGGUGUCCCGUAAGAAGAAUCGUAAGGAUUCAGAGUCCUCAACUGAGUUUGAGUGGGUAGAAAAACAAGUUCCUGUACGUGACUCAGUGUCAGAACCAGUAACACCUAGUCAUAGAUGGGAUUAUCAUGUAAAGGAUGGCUAUAAGAGGGUAUCCUCCAGUGGCACAUCAACGCCAACAAUAUCCAACAGUUGGGAUGGUUUAAAGGCUUCCAAGGUUGCCCAGGAACUUGAGAAAGUCUCCUCAUACAGCUAUGGUGCACCUGUUACUGGCUGGGAUGGUAAUAAAUCACAGAUGGAUGUUGAGAAAGAUAGAGAUUAUAUCAGUCAUAAAAGAAAAGAUUCAGAUGAGGAAUAUGACGAAGAUUAUGACAGGGGAAAGGUGAAGAAAGUAAAGCACAAGCACCAUACAGAACAUCGAAGUAAUGGUAACAUGUUCCAGCAGAAACAAGAUCAGAUUAGCAGGUCAAAAAUCAAUUGGUCAACUAUAAAGAUUGGAGACAACAACCCAUUUAAAAAACAGCAACCAGAUAGACCUCAUCAUCAUCAAAACUUGACAUAAAUACAACAAACUCUAACCAUUUAUUUAUGCACUUUUUAUAUAAAUAUUUAUAUUUUAUAAAGCGAUCAUGUUUAAAAAAAAAUAUGAGAAAAAAGUGUGAACAAACAUUUUUUAUACAGACUGAAAUAUUUUUAUGAUUUUAAAAUUGUUAAAGAUAUAAGCUGCUCAUUAUUAAAAUAGUAUUACUGUUGAGUGAAUGUUUUUGUUUCUCUUUUUGACUUUUAUGUGGAAGUUUUGUGACUGCAAAUAUUAAUGUUUUAGGAAACUUGUGUUAAUUGUUGGUCAGGUCUUGUAUCAACAAAGUCAGUUAGUUAUAUUGUACAUGUAUGUAUUGUUUGAUGCUUUCUCCAGUGCUUUGUUAAGUUUUUAUGUUGACUAAAACACUUAUUUGUUUGUUACGUAAGAUUUUGUUUUAAUAAUAUUAUAACUGAGGUGUAGAUAUAUGCAAAAACAGAAAAUAGCUGUAAGCCCUAGGGACUGUGAGGAUUUAAUUAUUUGAAGUGUUAAAAUUAACAAGUUACUAAAAUGUCCCUGAGAAAGAAAAAGAAAUGCAAAUAUAUUAAAAUUUUAUUGAUGUAAAAAAUAUAACCAAUAUAUUCGAUCUAGGGUAACUAUGAAAAAAAAAGUUUAUAUUUUUAGUAGGGAAAAAGCACAACUUAGUCUUUCCAACUAACCUAUUGUUUCACACUAGUCCAGUGAUAUGGUAAUAUGUUUCAUUAAACCUACUGUUCUUUAAUGUAAACUUUUCUCUGACUUUUGCAAAACAACAACCCAAUCCUUAAAUUGUUUAUAUGUAUUCCUUGGCUUUAUCAGAGAUCAUUAUCUUUAACAGUAAACUGUAGUAAUAUAUAUUUUUAUGUGUUCAUUUAUAUACAUAUUUGCUUCCAUUGAACAGUUUCUUUUGAUUAAUUUAUGAUACAUAUAUGCAAUACUUUGCUUAAAAAUUUAUAUUUCAUCUGUUGGUUUACAAAAGAUGUAAGUCUAUUCUACUAAACGCUUGCACUAUUUUUAAACACCUGAAAAAUGACAAAAAAGUUUUAUAAUGAGGAUAAUGUUAAUGUUUUUGAUGUGUGUUUAAUGUUGCUGGAUAUUUUUUGGUAAAAUUUUAAGGUUUCUGAAAUUGUAUAUAUCUUGCUGGCAAGUAAAUAAUUAUGAAUAUUUGAUUGUUACAAUAAUUUGUUAAGAUAAGUGUGGCAGUGUUAUGUGUUUAAAUUAUAUAAAUAAAUA